GCGUAGAAUACGCGAUGUCUCGGGAAUUGAUCGGCCCUGCGCUGCCCCCUGGGUUUCAAACCCAUGAUCAAGAAGAGGAGCCGGAGGAAGUUGCAGGCCCAGUGCUGCCACCUGGCUACAAGUGUGACUCCAGUACCUCAGACUCGUCAGAUGACAGUGAUCAGGACACAUCAGAAUCCUACAAACGGAGUUCAUACACAUCUAAUAAGAACGACCCCAAAAGCAGCAAGCAAAGUCUGCCUGUGGUUACCACAGAAGUGGAUGAUGGAUUUUUUGGCCCAGCUCUUCCACCAGGGUUUAAGAAGCAGUCAGAUUCUCCAGAAAGGCCUGUUAUAGGUCCUGCCUUGCCACCUGGUUUCAGAAGAGAUUUGCAAGAUGAGGAAGACUCUAACUGUACAAGCCCAAGUCAUGAAAAGUCAGGAGAAAGCAGCGAAGAUGAAGAUAUUAUUGGCCCUUGUCCUGCCUCAGGGCCAGUUGAAUCCAGUGUUGCAGAAGAAUUUGACCGGAGGGCUUGGAGAAUGAAACAGAAAUUGACCUCAAAAGAUGACGAUGGACCCAAGAACCCUACCAGAGAGUCAUGGAUGACUGAGCUGCCCCCAGAGCUAACAAACUUUGGACUUGGCCCAAGAACGUUUAAGAGAAGAACUAAUGAGAAAUCAGGAGACAGAUCAAUUUGGACAGACACCCCUGCGGACAGGGAAAAAAAGGCAAAAGAAAAGCAAGAAGCAAAGGUGUCAAGCAGCACAAUGGAUGACAAGUUCCCAGUGUCAGAGAGAGAUAUACGGCUGGCAGAGCAAGUGUCCACCUACAAUGAUUCCAAAAGAUCAGAAUCGCUAAUAGAUCUUCAUCGUAAGAAAUUAAAGCGGAAAGCAGAGGAAGACAAAAAUAAACCACAGGAGAGGCGGGCAUUCGAUCGGGACCAAGACCUUCAAGUAAAUCGUUUUGAUGAAGCACAGAAGAAAGCUUUAAUACGGAAGUCGAAAGAGUUGAAUACAAAAUUUUCACAUGGUAACAGCAGUAUGUUUCUCUAGGAUGUAAGAACCCUUCAGGCUGCAGUGAGGACUGAAUAAUGUUCAUGUUUUAUAAACACCCAAAAUUCAAGCUACAACACACCAGUUCUAAGAACAUUUAUAGUCAACAGCCAGUUCUUUCUCACUAUUGCAGUCCAUUUAAGGCAGAUAUGUGCAGCUGAUGUCUGUCAGGGGUCAUGUGGAACUAUGUUUUCAUUGGUACAAUUGCUCUGAAUGUUUAUUUGAAUACUGAUCUCUUAUGCUAAGAGCAAAAUCUCUUUGGGGCUGGAUAGAGGAAAAGUUCUUCUUUGUGUGAGAUCACAUAAGGAGAGCCUGUAGCUCUGAGCACAUUUUUCUACUUUAAAAUUUGUUUACCACAGAUUAAAAAACCAGAAACAAAUAAUUUGCAACAAACUAGUUAUUUCUAUCCAACAAGAAAAACUGAAAACGUCAUCUGUCGGUGCCCAAUCUCAGCUGGUGCAUAGAUAACUGUCGCACAAGGGAGCAAGAGGAGCUCUCUUUCUGCAAUACUUCCUGUGAGAUUUAGAUCAGCAUAAACAACCGCAACAAUGCUGUUUCUCAGAGCGACCCUAUAUGUCACUGUAAGGGAUGCACCAAAUCCCGGAUUCGCUUCGGGAUUCGGGCCGAAUCCAGGCUUUUUUUGAAGGAUUCGGUUUUGGCCGGAUCCACGGUCCCGGCCGAACUGAAUCCCGAGUCCUAAUUAGCAUAAAUUAGCAUGUACUAAUUAGCAUUCAGAAAGGGUUAAAUGGUCAGGGGGAAAAUUAUUUCGCUGCGUGCUUAAAGGAAAAGUAACACUAAAAAUUUUUAAGUAAAAAAUCUAUUCUACCCUGCCCCAAUAAUUGCCCUAUCCUUCCCAGCGUUUAUUAUCCUUAAUGCUUUAUUAGAAAAUACCUGCUUCCGGUCAUUUGAAAUACGGUGAUGCAGGGCAGAAUCCAUUAUGCGGCGAUCGAUUGAUCGAGCCUAGCCCGACUCCUUCUUAUACAGAAGGAAGGCUAGGAGGUGAAGUCGAUAGUCGCAUAGUGGAUUUAGCCCUCCAUCGCUGUAUCGCCCUAUUUAAAUGACCGGAAGCCAAGUUUAGAAGGUAUUUUCUAAUAAGGCAUUCAAAAUAAUAAAUGGUUUGCAGGAUAGGGCAAUUAUUGGAGCAGGGUAGAAUAGAUUUUUUACUUAAAAAAAAUUUAGUGUUACUUUUCCUUUAACCCCUUCUGAUUCUAAUUAGCAUAUGCUAAUUAGGAUUCGGUUCGGGAUUUUGCAGAAUCUGUCAGGGUGGGUUCGGUGCAUCCCUAGUCACUGUAGAUGUUGGGGUUAAGUUAUCCUUCACCUCUGUAGGCAACACAAAAGACUUCAGAUACUCUUCUUUACCUGCCGCUGGCUCUGCUUCUUCCUCCUGUUCUUUUGUCCUGCCACUGGAGGUAAGGAUUGCAUUUCAGAGUAAUCUAAAGGGUAAUUUGUAAGAAAUGCAGGUAAGUGAAUGUUGUAACAUUACUGUGUGUAUAUUGGGCGGUUAGGGUUUGCUGAGCACGAAGGGAAGAGGAGUUUCUUGUCCUGCCUCCAGAGGUGAAGUAUAGCUUACCUCGCCCCAAAGUCAGUACUGACAGCCUGGGCACAUGGCAAAAGGUCACCCAGUGUAUGGGCACCUAUUGUAUGUAUUGGCGAAAUUUCCUCUGCCAUUUUCUAGAAAAAAAAACAAAAAAAAAAA